UGUUUCAUCGAUUUUUCCGUUUAGGUGGAUCAAGUUAAUCAUCAUCAUGGUAAUAAUAACAUUUAGAUAAAUAAUAAUGAUGAAAAUAAUUGAGAAUUGAAUAUUGUUCAGUAAAAUUCAGUACAUUAACCAUGAAAUUACAUAGACAUUGGAAAGGCGAACCCAUUUAACCAUCAACACAAUUUCACAUUCAUUUUCCUUAUGUUGGUUAAUCUGUUGGUAAAUUGUCACCAAAUUAAUGUUUGUUAAUCAGGUGAAAUCAAUUAAAUCCUUGUUACAAUUGAUAUCGAUCUAGUUGAUUGUGUUUUUGAUUCAUCAUUAUCAUGAUUUCUUAUCAAUCUCAUCAAAUAUUCAGCUGACAAUUAGUUUACAUUCAUUUACAAUCAAAUUAUGAUCAAAGAACCAGUUUUCAUGAUUAAAUUAACUUGAUCAUUAACUUGAUCGGGAAAAUUUUACUUUGAGCAACGUUCAGUUCACUGAAAUUUUAUUCAACAAUCAACGUUCAACGAAUCAACAACAAUCAGAGUUAAUUUUUGUGCAUCUUUUCCAAGUGAAUUAAUUGUAUUCAGAGUGUUUUCGAAUCACAAUUAAUUAAGCAAAAUGGAGAUUACAAGUGAAGAGAUGGAAUCAAUUGUAACAAUUAGAAAUCGGAUUAUGGAGGAAUCAUUGACCGAUACCGAAGCGUUUGACCAAUGUGACCUCAAGCGUAUUGGUGACGAUUUAUAUGUGAAAAGAUUUCUCGAUGAACGAUAUGGGAAAGUUAAAGACGCGAUUAAAAUGUUAUCGGAUUGUCUUCGUUGGCGAAAAUCGUUUGGUGUAAAUACGAUGAAAAGUUCUGAUUUUCCGAAGGAAAUUUUUCGAGUUGGUGAAUUACACGAAUUUUAUAAGGAUAAAAAUAAUAUAACAACUUUAUAUUUGCGAAUCGAGAGACAUCGAGCUCUUUCGGGCUGGAUGCCGAUGAUUAAGCGAUACAUCGUCUUCAUGAUUGAACGUGCAGAGAAACAGGCAGCACGUAAUGGCCAUGGAAUCGGUCUAGUAGUUGAUGCUCGUCGAGGAAGCAUUUCAAAUGUGGAAAUUGAAUUGGACUUUUUUGCCGUUAAGACGAUUCUCAACUAUUAUCCCGGUUCUCUUCAAUAUCUCGCCGUCUACGAGAUCCCAUGGCUUCUAAUGGCCAUUCUCAAACUGGUCAAGUCUUGGUUUCCAGCUCAGUAUCAGAAUAAAUUUCAUUUCCUCAACCCAAACAAUAUCGACAAUUUCUUAGGACUGGACAAUGUUCCCGAUUACAUGGGUGGUACCAGGCCGAUGUUGUGGCCUGAGGAAGUUUUCACUUCACCUUCGACGGAAGAGUUAGAGGCCAAGGGUGACCUUCCCAAAGGGUCAACCAAUUUAGUUAGAACUUGUUAUGCUUCAGCCUUACAAGAUUUCCAGGAUUGUCCAGAUAAGCAAAUUUUGAAAACAAUUAACUUUGAUCAAGAUCAUCUCGAUAAAGUUGAUCAAGUUAAUCCGAUUGUUGGUGAAACAAUUGUCGAUAUUGUUACAAAUAAUCAACAGAUUACCAGUGGAGCCAACGGAGAGAUCAUGGUUUCUUCAUAACUCUCAUUCUUGAUUGACUCUAUUGAUUAACUUAAUCACUUAAUUACUAAUCUUAAUCAUUUACUUUACUAUUAUAAUCCAAUUUGUAAUAGUUACUUUUAUAUAUUAACUAUUUCAAACAAAAA